AUGCCAGGAGGACUAAGCACAGGCCAAGAGCCACCAGCUUCUUCAUGGUGCCAGCACCGGGGGGGCCACACUGCUCAGACACAGAACUCACUCGUUCUCCACAGACAACUGCAGCCCCUGAACCGCCUCCAAGGCUUUAAUAUCUGCCCCGUCAGUAACCAGGCGGACCCCAGCCGCGCUCCAAUGGCAGCCGACCACGCACAACAGCCAGCCAAUCAGCAUCUUACUCGCCCAGCGUGUCGCCGUCACUCCUGGCCAAUAGGCUUCUUCCAUGUACGGCGCCUAGCGCUGGGAGCGUGGCUCGCUCUGAUUGGCUGGCUGCCCUGGUGUCCUCCGCACAUUGGGAAAACGCAGAUCUGUGUGACUGACUUUACUAUGGGAGAAGGAAAUGACUGGAGGAGGAGGGAGCGAGGGAAUGACGUCGUCACGAGAGGGGAGGGGGCACCGGGGAAUGCUUCCGGGGCGAGAGGACUUGGGUUUACUGUAGUUACAUGGGUUGCUAUAGAGACAGGGCGCUUGCCGGUGUGUGACACUAAGCUAACUAGAUGCGCUGAGGGACGGGGGAGGACCGAGCUGUCAGGUGAGGGAAAAAGAAGAACGAGGCUCUUUCCAAAAGGUCCAGUUAUAAUUUAUCCAACAUUGAACCAACCACCUAUCUACUGCCUUAAAGCUCGUACCAUGCCAAACCAUUCUACAGAAAAAGAUCAUCAGUAUUGUUUUACCAGCAGACCACCCAUCUGCCCCUAUGUAUGUUCAACCCCAAGAGAUUUCAUAGAAGAGAGAAAUUAUUUGGCUGACACAAUAUUCCCUCAGCUUGACAACCUCUGUUUUACCCGGGGGACAUCAUUUAAACCUGUUGAUCUAAAAUGGCAACUAGAAAAAAGAUCUAAUAAUGUGGAUAUCCAGUCUCAUGUACAUCAUCAUAUAGCACACGAGCAGUUAAAGUUGUGUCUAGAUUAUAUCAACCAUUUAACCCCUUUUUUUAUAUGCAUACUUGGCCAUACAUAUGGUGAGUGUGUGCCGCAGAGCCAGAUUCGGGUGUCCUCUGGUUCUGCUGACAUAUCUGAUGAUGAUGGGCUAUCAGAAGUAGAGAAGAACCUUCUAGUAGCAGCUCAUGGGGGCUACCCCUGGGUCCUAGAGGGAAGUAACAAGACUUGUAGCCUUACAGAACUCGAAGUCAUACAAGCUUUACUAUUCAAAGAUGCUGAGUCUCAGUAUUUUUACUUCAGAGACUAUCAGUAUAUAGAAGACAGACUACAGCAUGCGGAUGAGAAGGAUAAAUGGAGUAUUCUGUCAUCAUUUGCAACCGAACAUGAAGUGGAAGAAUUAAGGAUUUGGGAACUUAAAGCCAACAUUGUAGACCAAGGAUUACCUGUAAGGUUUUUUACAACAAAAGAAGAACUUGGGGCUCUGGUUCUUAAAGACUGGUGUAAUGUCAUUGAGAAACGAAAUCCCCUCAACAACAUUCCCGUUCAUAUAGGUCAUGAACACAACCUUGCCCUAGCAUACCACCAAGCAUAUACUGAAAGACUUUCCAAAGACUUUGUGGCCUCACAAGGGUUAAACAAGCUCUUCACAGUCUUGGAUACGUUUGCCUGUGGCCACCUAACAAAUGAGCAGUCAGACAAGUCCAGUAUUGAUCCUUUUAAUUGGGCAUCUUCAAGGUUGGAGACUGAGAAGUCUAUUCUACUAUUGCAUGGAGAGAGAGGCUCUGGAAAGUCAACAGCUAUUGCAAAAUGGUUGCAUUCAUUUAAAGAAAGCAGCCACAAUAUUUCAGUGAUCUCUUUCUUUGUGGGAAGUAGCGGACAAUGUGAUAACAUCAUGGACUUUAUGCGACAUAGCAUCAUUUUGCUUCGGUGUACUUACUUUGGGAUCCAAGUGGAUGAUGUGUAUUCCAAUGAGAACAUUAAUGACUUGUGGGAAUUCCCACUGCUUGUGGAGGCCUUCCUGGCAUCCGUUGCACUCAAACCAUGUGUCCUUGUUUUAGAUGGAGUGGAUAGGCUGUCUGGAAUUCAUGGUGUAAAUGCUCAUCAGACAAAAGGCUUUGAUUGGCUACCAGCCAGACUACCUCAUGAAUGCAAAAUGAUUGUGACAACUAGGAGUGCCCACCUGUCCUAUAAAAGUCUGAUAUCACGCUCAGAUGUCCAGAUAGAAGAGUUGCAAAUGAAAUCAGAUACAGAGGAACGCUUGUGCAUCUUCCAUAAGCACUUGGCAAUGCCAAGUAGAAAGGUGCCACCUUAUUUAAUGGAGAGCUUCGAAAACAAGAAACGGAAAAUCAGCCCACUUCAGCUGACAGUCCUGGCGAGUGAGCUUCGUAUCUGCCCAGAUGUGGCCUACUGUAUUGACAGUCCUCUGGAAACUGUGUCCACGGAGCAGCUUUGGUCAUUGCUUAUAAAACACUGGGUUAAGCACUUCAGUUGGUCCUAUGAGUGGAAAAUGAAGAAUAAAGCACCCAAGUCAGCUUUUGGCAGUGAUAUUCAUAAUUCAGGGUGGGUAGUAGAUGUCUUGUGUUUUCUUACCACCUCUCACUGUGGUUUGCAUGAAGAUGACAUUCUUCAGUUGCUGAAAAGAAUCGGGUACAGAAACCAGUAUGAAGUAACUCCACUACACUGGUCUGCCUUUCGGUUGGCAACUUUAAAAUGGAUUAGAGAGAAACCAGACGGUUUGCUACAAAUUCACCCCCAAUCUUUCCAUGAUGCUGUUGUCCAUUUAGUAUUUGGUAAUGCCACAUCAGUUGUUGAAAGCCUGGAUUAUACUUCUCAGAAUACAGUGAGUCGUAAAAGAAGACAGUUUCAUCUCUGUCUUCUCAAGUACUUUCAGCAGAAAGAACUUUCUCGACAGGCGUUUGAUGAAGUGCCAUGGCACCUGAAGAUGACCGGCAAGCUCCAUGAUUUGUACAGUUUCCUAUUAAAUCGAAGGACAUUAGACUUAAUCCGAAGAAACAUGAAGCAUGGAUGUGAAAUGAAAAUGGAUCUUAUUCACUACUGGCAAAUGCUGUUACAUUCAGGAAAGGAGCCAGCAGUGGAAUGUCAAUCACUAUUAGACAAUAUAACAGAACACACUGUUGAUAUGGCUGAUCAAUGCAAAGUUAUAUUAUUUGCUGCACAGUGCCUCAAAGAUAUUGGUAAGACCAAAGAAGCAGCCUCUAUACUCUCAUCUAUUGAAUAUUAUCUGGAAGUGGCAGAAAGUAGAAACAAUAAAGCACUAAUGUGGACACAGAAAGUUUCUGGAGAUCUGUAUCGAGACAUUGGCUCCUGGCAAAAAGCUAUUAUUUAUUAUAAAAAGGCGCUGGAUAACCUUCAGUGUCUUAACAUGAAUGACCUACAAACAGAUUACAAGCUGAUGGAACUCAGGGAUAGGCUACUGUGCAUAAAAGCCACUUUGGAAGUCAAAAUAUGCUAUGAACAGCAAAGUAAAAUACUUGAAAAUCCUAUUGAAAAGCCAAACCCACACACAACAGGGCCGUAUGUACAAGCUGCAUUAAAACUUUGGCAAGGUCUUUACAAGUUUUGUAUUGGUGACAUUUCUGAAUCUGAAAAGUAUCUAGUGGAUUGUUUGGAUAUAAGGCACAAGCUGUAUGGCAAGAAUCACAUACUGUAUGGAGAAGUCCAGGAGUACAUAGCCGACAUACAAAUUCAUUUAGGAUCCGGUCAUUACUCCCAAAGGCAAUGUGCAAUUGAAAACUACAGGAAUGUUAUAAAGAUCGAAGAAGAGACUGAAAAGCGAUGUCCAUCCCCAGAGAGGGGACAGUAUCUCAGGUUACGUCUUAGCAAUACAUUAGUGAAAGCAGGAAAGCUACUUUCAUAUGAUCAUUUAGGAAACAGAAAUGAGUCUGUUGAAAUGCUUCAGAGAUCCCUGGACCUCAGGACCAGCAUUGUUGGCACAGAUCACCCUUUGACAUAUGAAGUUCAGCUUUAUCUGAAAGAAUUACACUGUAGACCCCACUGGAUCAGCAAAGUGCCUCCAUUGUCGGAAGAUGAUAAACAUAUUCCAAGUAAAAGUGAAAUAUCACAGAGGAAAUCAUAUAGUGCUCAACCAAGAAGACACCAUCUUAGUUCUGAAUGUGGCAAAAGGUCUCCGGGGGCCUUACAUAGCUUGCCUGAAAGUAGAUCAGAUAACUUUUUAUUAAGAUACUGUAGCGAAGGAGGACCCAUGACUCAUUUACCACUUCUCAAGAAGUCGGAUCAUGAAGAAUUCUAUGAGCAAACCGAAAAUUCCGAAGCAGUCCCUGUGUUUCCAUCAAAAUCUUUUGGAAGAAGUCCUGCGUCAGUAACAAGCUGCUUGAUACAAAGCCUGUGUUCCCGUCCGGAGAGUGCUUGUCAGAGCUCUCUAUCAGGUCCCCACAGUGAUCUUCUGUCUUUAGUUUCUAUUAGCAGGCCAUCAUCAACAUCUAAACAUAAAUUGGUUCAUAAAUCUGCUUGGUACCACGUUCCUGGACGGUAUCCAACACUGCAAACACCUUUUCCACCCAAGAGACAUCAACUCCGUAAAGACAUCUGACCAUGCUGUGGACUUUUUUCGGUGUCACAGGUUUUCCUAUGUUACCAUUUUCAUUCACAUUGAGCAGCCUACUAUAGAUAUCUGAUCUUUACAAUAAAUGUAUUUUUGGUUAAUUUAAAUGUUCUAUAAAUCCUUUUUAGCUUAAAACAAUUUUCUUGCCCUCUAUUAAUAUGAUACUGCCAAUAUCAUCAGAAUCUCUUUGAGUAAAGUAAAGCAAACUUUUAGUAAAGUGUUUCCCAACAAGGGUGCCUCAAGCUGUUGCAGAACUACAACUGCUAGCAUGGAGUAAAGGUUAUGUCCACCUUUUGUGUAAUGGUUAACCCCUUCAGGACCAAGCCCAUUU